AGUCCCUAAUUUUCUUUUUUUUCCAUAGCUUUUUUCUGCUUUUUUUUUUCUGCUAUUUUUUUUAUUAGUCUUUUACAACUUUUGACCUUUUUAAACAACAAGGGAAUAUAGCAUAGCAAAGAAGAGAUUUACUGUACAUAUCACUAUAAUUUCCUUCCGGCUCACUUGACUAUACAAAGGAAGAAAAAAAAUUUUUUCUUUCCCCAACAUAAUACAAAAUCAUUCCAUCAUUGAAAAUUAAAAUUACUAUAUCCAACAAGAAAGAGAAAAAGAGGAAAAAAGAAGGUUAAAAUCAUGCAAACUUUACAGCAACAACAAGUUCAAUCAAAUCAAUCACAGCGACAGUACUAUCUAGAUAACAAUGAACAGAGUGUUAGUAAUUUCCUGGAUAACUGCCAUUUACCGCAGUAUUUAGACAUCUUUCUUCAAGAAGGAUUUGACUCUGUUACCUCUCUUCUAGAAAUAACUGAAGAAGAUAUGAUUUUCAUGAACGUGAAACGCGGUCACAGAAGAUUGAUUCAACGGGAAAUUGCCACAAUGAAAGGUAUUCCACCAAAUCAACCUAUUGCUACAAAUAGGAUGGGAGCAAAAUAUGCACCUGACAUGUUGCCAAAUACACCUCUUAAAAUGGAAGACACAAGAAGACCAAGCAACAGAUUUGUCUCAAACACUAAUGCCAAUAUAAAUGGCUACGUGAAUAGUAUUCCAAACUCAAGUAACAAUUUCUCUGGGUAUGAUACACUUACUACUGGUCUCACAAGUCCACAAAGUAUGAAUAGUGGUAUUGGCAGCAGUACAAGUGGAAAUAGCUCUGGCUCAAGCUUGAUGUUACGAACCCGUUUCCAACCUAGUCCAAGACUUGGCAGAAGCAAUGAAAAUGGCAAUGGUAGUAGCGGCUCUGGCGUGAGCAACACGACUGAUAGUAGUGGUGGCAUUCUCAACAAAUCAAGUCCACUAGACAAUAAUAACAAUGUACUCUCGAACAGCUCUAGUAGUACAAACAAGGACGAUAAUAAUAAUAAUAACGAUGCCAAUUCACCCAAUGAUCGAACGAACAGCAUUUCUUCUAAUGACGAUGAUGAUUCUAUUGAUACGAAUGGUUCUGCGCAUACUGCUACGAAACGCAAGUAUAGACGACACCCUAAGCCGGAUCGAAAUGCUCCUAUCAAACCCCCCUCCGCUUACAUCAUGUUUUCCAAUGAUGCCCGUGCCGAACUAAAAGAUCAAAAUCUAUCUUUUGCUGAGCUUGCAAAAAUUGUUGGUGAUCGAUGGAAGAACCUUACCCACAUAGACAAGCAAGCCUAUGAACGUAUGGCUAUGAGAGCCAAAGAUGAAUAUUUAGCUUCUCUGGAGCAAUAUCGACAAACACCCCAGUAUCAUCGUUAUCAGGAAUACCUGGCUGACUUUAAAGCAAAGCAAGAUGCUGCGAACCGAAUGAUUGGAAGAGCAAGAAAGAGAGCCAAGCCUGCAUCUCCUGGAAGUGGAAGCAUUGCAGACUCUAGUUCUAACGGCAACUCGAACGGCAAUGGUAGCUCUGGUAGUGGAUCCGCUGAUGCUUAUGGUGACAAAGACACUGUUAUCCGAAGACAACAUCAGGCAAAUUCCCAAAGUGAUGAUAAUUCGCCACAGCAUCCUUUGGCUGAGCCACGUCAACCACAGCAACAUCCUUCAUAUAGUUACGACAUAGACAAUGUCAACAGCUUACCUUCAAGGCCAACACAACCACAUCCUCAUCAUCCUCACCAUCAUUAUUCACAUCAUAACAAACACCUGCCUCCUUCCUCUUCUGAUUCAGGUUAUGCUUCACAAAACCAAUAUAACUCAAGCGAUAAAUCAACACCGCAGUGGAAUUACCGUUCAAACCAGAUUAUGAGAGGCAUACUGCCGGUAGAAUUCAUUCAUCAUAAUCCUUCCCAUCCUUCUGGCCCGCCUCCCCUUUCACCACAUUCGAAUAAUCCUCAAACACAACAAAAAGCUUAUUUACAAGAUAAAGACAUCGAUAUGGAUGAUGAUGAAGAGGAUGAAGUGGACGAUGAGAUAGAAGCCAGAGAUAAAAUGCUUCCUGAUACAGUCAAAUCUACUCGAAGUGCCUAUGGCUCAAAACGAAGAAGUCCACGCUUUACCAAACCACCUAUGCAAACAUGACUCUGUUAAAAAAAAAAAAAGAAGAAAAAUAGCUACCCUACCUCUCUCUCUCUUUUUAAAUUUUUUUUCUCUAUUAUUCCCACUUAAGCUUUUUUACAUAUGCCUUUUUCUUAGAAAAAAAAAGAAAGAAAAGAAAAACAAGUUAAAAUGUGUGUAUAUCCUUUCUAUGUACAUAUGCAAAAAAGAAAUAAAAAAUAAAACUCAGUUGAAAUAAAACGUUUAAUUUACCACGCGAUCG